AUGUCUAACUCGAUUGAGGAGGCCGGGGGGAAGAAGGAGAUUAUGGUGGAGGCGGAGGGGAAGAGGGAUAGGUCAUUGUUGGAUGUGUUUAAGUCGAAAGAGGAGGUGAAGGAGGAGGUUGAGAAGGAGGCAAAGGAGACUAAGACGGAGGAGUCGUUGUUAGACAAGGCAAAGAACUAUGUGGCAGAGAAGAUAGCAAAUGUGCCAACACCAGAGGCAAGUCUGAUCGAUGUUGAUUUCUUGAAGGUGAGCUUUGAUUCUGCAGAUUACCUUGCCAAGGUUAACGUCAAGAAUCCCUAUUCACAUUCCAUCCCCAUCUGCGAGAUCGAUUACACCCUCAAAAGCAUUGGCAGUGUGAUCGCUUCCGGGAGGAUUCCAGACCCUGGAUCGUUGAAGGCGAGCCGCGAUACUCUCAUCGAUGUGCCGGUGAAGGUGCCACACAGUAUAAUAAUUACUUUGGUUAAGGACAUUGCUACAGAUUGGGACAUUGACUAUGAGUUGGAACUGGGACUCAUCAUCGACAUUCCUAUAGUUGGGAACAUUACCAUACCACUAUCCAGGAAAGGUGAGAUCAAGCUUCCCACCUUAAAGGAUGUAAUAUUUGGAACAAAUGAGGAGCAGAAGGAUUCGAAAGAGAAAGAGAAAGAGAAGGAUUCCAAAGAAAAAGAUAAGGAUUCAGAUUGA